AAAAAAAGAAAAAAGAAAAAAACAAUCUUACAAGGCGUUAGAGCGACGCAGGCAAAGUGAGGAGAUCGUUUCCUAUAAAUUGAAACCACAAAGUGCUCUUUUUUAUUCUUCUUCACACAAACCCUAACCUUGAUUUAGAAGAAUAAAGCUUCUCCCUCAAUCUCUCUUCGUCGUUGUUCCUCCGCUUCCUAACUUUGUUCAAAGUUUGAAAGAUCGAGAUAGAAAGAUGAGAAUUUAUUUUUCUGAGACAGAGUGCAGAAACUGUUACCAUUGCCGCGCUUCAGGCUGGCUCAAUAAUAGCCAAGAAUCUCAACCGCGCGUUGUGAUUGGCUCAUCCGUCACUUCAACUCCCGUUAGUCCCGGACCAGUUCAAGAACAUCAUUCUGUUGCUGUUGGUUCCACAUCAACAUCAACACCAACACCAUUCAGCUUUGGAUCUGCCCCUGCUGCUACUUCAACAUCAACAUCAUCACCAUUCAGCUUCGGUCCAGUGCAAUCUGUCCCCGCAACUCAGUCUGCCGCAACUAUCGCUAAUGCAUUUGGAUCUCCCUCACAAAGACCAGCCUUCCAAGCUCCUGUACUAGCUACUAGUUCUGGUUCUGGUGCAUCUGGAACUUCCACAUCCUCAACUUCAUCUUCAGAUCACAGCUCUUCACCAUUCGGACUCGGAUCCGCUCCUGCUGCCACCACAUCUGUUAGUUCCGGACCAACGCAAUCUAUAUUUAAAGCUCCUGUCCAAGUUAAUACUGGUUCUGGUGCAUCUGCCACUUCCACAUCCUCAACUUCAUCUCCACCUCAAAGUUCUACUAUUUUCGGAUUCGCACCUGCUUUUACAUCGGUUAGUUCUGCUUCAACGCAACCUUUAUUUGGGUUUGGUGCAUCCUCUGCUCCCACACCAGCUUUACUUGGGGUUGGGGCAAUUCAAGAUCCCGUCCAAGCUGGUGCAUCUAGCACUGCCCCAUGCAUUGGUUUCCCGCCAGUAACUUCCUCCUCAACCACUAGAACAGUUUUUGGUGGUUCACAUUUUGGGCCAAGGCAACUUUCUGUCCCAGCGUCUCCGGCGAGUGGCUCUUCAGCUUUUACUUCUGUUUUUGGAUACACGCCACCAGCACCCUCCUUUUCAAACCGUUUCGGACAAAACCACCGAUCUAUUUUUGAUACACAUACAGAGAGUCUUCAUUCACAGUUUGGUUUCCCCGGAUUUGGUGUUGGUUACUUGCCUGGGACUUCCUCCAACCUAUUUAGCCCAAAUCCACCAAAUUUUGGUAGUGGUUCAGUAGGUGGAGGAGGUCCUCAACCUUUUGGUUUCAGUGGAGCUACUACUGCGUCGCCGAGCUCGCCUUUUUCAUCACCUUCUAUAUUCAGCAGCAAUCCCAAUAUUGGAUCCCAGCCGUUUUUUGCAUCUCAUGGAUGGAGUAACCACACUGAACAAGGUAGUAGAAUUCCUGGUUAUGCGCCUACAUUUACGGAUGAUGGACAAAACAAAUCUCUUUGGGAUCUCUCCACUGGAAAAGGCAAAGACAAAUAUAUUUCCAUAUCUGCUUCCAAGCCGUAUCAACAUAAAAGCCAUGAAGAACUAAGGUGGGAUGAUUACAAGCGAGGAGACAAAGGUGGGUGGUUUGCUGGUGCUCAUACCUCUCCCAUAGGCUCAAGGCCAAACUUUGAUUAUACAACCCCAACUGGUUUCUUCCCUGGUAUGACCCGGUAUCAGAGCUCUAUUUCACCACCAUCCACAACAGUUCCUCCCAUUAACUCGAGUGUUCAGGGACCCCAUGAAACCGCUACUGUUCCUCCUCCAGCACACGGAUGCACUGCAUGUGGAGCAACCAGUAGCUCCUCUGCUUCUGGUAAUUUCACAUUUAAUGGUGCCACAAGUCCUCCCUCAGCUGCAACAACUCCUCCCGGGAUGUUCUUUCCCACCACUGGUUUUGGUCCUAUGAUGUUUGGUACACCUCUUGCUGUUCAAGGCACAACUCAUCCAUCAGCUGCAACAAUUCCUCCCGGGAUGAUCUUUCCUACCACUGGUUUUGGUCCUAUGAGUUUUGGUACAAAUCUUGCUACUCAAGGCACAACUCCAGCACUUCAAGCCUAUCCUGUUCAAGGUUACCUUUUUCUCCCGUUCGCCGCCAUGAAUCUGCAGUGAUUUCUUUACUCUCUGUUUCGAUUAAUUAUUAAAAAAACAAUAAAAAAACAGUUGUUAACUUCAUGAUUUUGUGUCUUAGUAAAGAAAAGAUAUUGCUAUCAUGGAUGAAAAACAAUAUUAGUUUUACAUAUUCUUCCUCUGAAUUGGUAUAAUACCAAUUAUUAUUUGUACAUAAUUUUGAAUAAAUCAACAAAAAAAAAGCUA